UGGAGCGGAGGGAGACUCAUUCCGUUCAGGUCGGGACUCCCGCUGGAGCGACCGGAGAGGAACGAACGAGCGGCGCUCUCGAGCUGAACUCAACUCAACUCAACUCAACUCGCGGGGAAACCGGCGGCAGGAAUCGCUCGGAUUUACGCUGUCGGGAAACAACCAGCUGGAACGGUUGUUGUUGUUGUUGUUUUUUAUUUUACAACCGGACCGGAUACCGGGAGAGGAGCCGCUGCGGAGGUUUAUUUCUGCGGACUGAGCGAUCACGGUCGCUCUCUCUCUCUCUUUCUCUCUCUCUCUCUCUCUCUCGCCGUGCGUGUGUUUUCGUUUGGAAACCCACACGCACACACACGCGCGCGCACACGUAGGCGCACGCAGGCGCACGCACAGUCACAGGUUGCUAGCGGAGUUGACGCUAACCUAGCUAGCCACGUUAGCUUCCCCGCUGUUAGCUGCGGGUUCUUCUUCGUCCUCUUCUUCGUCUUCUUCUUCUUCGUCGUCUCCCCCCAUUUGUUUCACCGGGACUCCAGAAGCAACAUCCCGGGCGGAAGUCCACAGACACCAGUUGCCAGACAUUCUCCCGAGCCGAGCCGAGCCGAGACGAGCCGGCCCGCGGGGCCGAGGGACGCGAUGUGGUGCCGCUCCGGACCGUCGUCGAGUCGGCCGGCCGGGCAGCAGCAGCCGCCGCAGCCGCGGACCUGAAGCCCGGACGACACGGAUGUUCCCCCGGUGACUUUCUCCCACACGGAGUCGAACGCCUCCGCUGAUCUUACUGGAAUAUAUAUAUAUAUUUAUAUAUAUAUAUAUAUUUAAAUCUCUGCUGGAUUCGUGUUUUUCUUGUUUUGGGGGGAGGAGGUGAAAAGUUUGGGAAGUUGGAGGAGGAUUUUUCUUUUUUUUUUUUUCUUCUUCUUCUUCUUCUUCUUCUUCUUCUUCUUCUUCUUCUCUGUCCCCACCGAGCCCGUGGAAACAUGGAUGCGGGUAUAGAGAAGGAAUGCAGCGCCUUGGGAGGGCUCUUCCAGCUCAUCAUGAACGACAUGAAGGCCAGUUAUCCUACAUGGGAGGACUUUGUGACCAAAGGAACCAAACUGCAGUCACAGCUCAGGACGACCAUCGUGGUCACUGGAGCCUUCCUGGAUGCUUUUCAGAAGGUGGCAGACAUGGCGACUGGGACCAGAGGUGCCACGAAGGAGAUCGGCUCAGCGCUGACCAGGAUGUGUAUGAGGCACCGCAGCAUCGAGUCCAAACUCAAACUGUUCACAACAGCUCUCUCAGAAAGUCUCAUCACUCCGCUGGAGGUGAAGAUGGAAGAGUGGAAAAAGGUGGCCAGUCAGCUGGACAAAGAUCAUGCCAAAGAGUACAAGAAAGCCAGAGCAGACAUCAAGAAGAAAUCGUCAGACACCAUCAAACUGCAGAAGAAGGUGAAAAAAGGGAAGGACGAGGCGCGGGGACAGCUGGACACGGCGCUGCAGGACGUCAACGUGCGCUACGCCGUGCUGGAGGACACGGAGAAGCGAGCCGUGUGCAGGGCGCUGAUAGAGGAGAGAGCGCGCUACUGCGGCUUCGUCACCAUGCUGAAGCCUGUGCUGGACCAUGAGAUCAACAUGCUGGGGGAGGUGACCCACCUGCAGACCAUUCUGGGAGAUCUGAUGAACCUGACAGCCGAGCCAAACAAGCUCCCACCGGCCAGCGAGCAGGUAAUUUCAGACCUGAAAGGUUCUGAUUUCAACUACGCCUAUCAGACGCCUCCGGCCUCUCCGAGUAGCACAAUGUCCAGGAAGAGCAGCAUCAGCAGCAACUACCAGUCUGGAUCAGUGAGACACGUUCCCUCCUUGGACUCCAUCAGCUGUGCUGUGGAUGGACUACACAUCCAGGACUCGGUCGGCUUCAGCAGUCAGACGACGGCCGCGGGGGGAGGAGGCAGGGGGCCGGAGAACGGCCUGUUGGCCCCGCCGCACAACGCCUACGCACACCACGGAGAGAGGGCGCGAGCCAUGUCUACGUCUGGGAAGCCUUGCUCAGCUCGGGAUCAGCUGGCGUUGACUCUGGGUGCGUUGAAUUCGGACGCCCAGAGGAGCAGCAGGGAUUCUCUGCACUGCUCCAGCGGCUACAGCACCCAGACCACUACCCCGUCCUGCUCCGAGGACACCAUACACUCACACACCGUAAAGAGAGACCCUCCCCUCUAUGUCGACUACGAGUCCAUCUCUCUCCACGGCGACGUCGACUCCAUCUCCCUUCACCACCUGUCCCACGGCGGCAGCCAGUCGGAUUUCGACCGGUCCUCGACCAUCCCGAGGAACUCGGACCUCGGCCUGCAGUACCGGAAGUUCGCCCAGUCCAAGCGGCCCGCCUCCACCGUCAGCCUGCUGGCCGACCACGAUCCGAUCGGCGGCUCCGUCCGCCAGCUGGCGUCCCACACGGCGACCAUCAGGCGCAAGCCGUCGUCCAAGCCGGCGUAUCGCAGGGGCACGAUCAGCGGCGGGGUGCCCAUCCCCAUCUGCACCCCGCAGGUCCCUGUCAAGGCCCUCGCCGGAAACGGCGACGAUCACGUCUUCGCAGCGCCCGCUGCCAUUGGAGCGGGCGGGUUAGUUCACAGUAAAUUCUGCACGUCCACGCAGAGCCUCAGCGCCUUACCCCCCACCUCCUCCUCCUCCGCCUCCCCUUACUACCAGCUGGUCCCAGGUCAGAUGCCCAUCCCGGUGCCUGUGCCAACUGUACCUUCCCUGCCAGCAGAGAGCAGCAUUGCCAGGCAGCAUCAACAGAGACAGUACCAGCAGCAGCCACAUCCGCACAACCAUCAACUCAACAUUCAGCAGCAGCAGCAGCAGCAGAAGCAGCAAUAUUAUCAGCAACCGUUUCAACAUCACCUGUCUGUGCUCCAGCAACCCCAGCAACUGCAACAGCAACAUGAUCAGUAUCAGCAGCAGCAGCAACUGCAACAGCAACAGCAACAUGAUCAUUAUCAGCAGCAGCAGCAGCAGCAGCAACUGCAACUUCAACAGCAACUGCAACAGCAACAAGAUCAGUAUCAGCAGCAACUGCAACAGCAACAAGAUCAGUAUCAGCAGCAACUGCAACAGCAACAUGAUCAGUAUCAGCAACAGCAGCAGCAGCAGCACCAGGCCCAGCUCCCACCCCCUGCUGCCCAGGGAGAGGCCUCCCGUCUGGGCCACAGCACUCAGCAGCAGGCCCAGGCUCCUCCACCCUCCAGCCAGCAUCAGAACCCGGAGCCGCUGCCCCAGGACGGAGGAGGAGGAGGAGGAGGAGGAGGAGGAGGAGGAGGAGGAAACAUGUUGAGCCUCAUCAGAGGAGUCACGCUCAAACGGACCCUCACCGACGACCGCUCCGCCCCCCUCCUGCCGCCCCCAACCAAUCACAAAUGAGGCUGAGCGACGAGACGGGUUCUACAGUUUAACGGGUUCCGUCACAGACGCAGAGAAACAACGUGGACGUUACACACACACACACACAUGCUGAUUCAUCUCUGGUACUCCCUGCGUGUGUGUCUGGUGUUUUUUAUUUUUAGUCCCUGCUUCCUUCUAGUUCCGUUUAGAUUUUCCUGUUUUUAAAAGAUUUUUUGACACGUGUCGCUGGCUUUUUUUCUUCUUUUUGUUUCUUCUCAUGUUCGCAUUUUGAAUUGUGCAUAAAGUUAUUGUUUUGACCCCGAGUCUCACCAGUAUAGAGCCGAAAGUUUUGAGUUAGUGCUCCGCUCACUUCCUGGUCAGGUGAUCGUCCCAUUAGUGUCGCAGGUCCUCUCCAAAGUCCCCAGGAGGGAUGGGGUUUUAGUAAUCAGUCCGGUCGCCUCCGCCGCUUCGCGUGGUUGAACCACGACGUUCGGAGGUUUUCGGUCAAAACCCCGACGCUCCCGAAUCUGGAAUAAAUACAUCAGUCAUCAUCUCGGUAGAUGUAAAUAUGUUACAGAAAAAGAAAACAAGCUCUGAGGAGGAGGAGGGUGGAGGUUUUACCAUGUCAGAGGUCACACUCACUCUCUCUCUAUUGUCUUUGACCCCAACUGGAAAAUAGUUUUGGGGAUUGAUUUCCUCACCGUUGAGUGAGCUGCAGUUUCUUCCUCCUGGGACGACAACAUGGUGCCACUGUUUUGUGGAAAAAGGAUUAAAAAGAAUUGUUACUGUCGGAAAAUCGUCUGGUUUACUGUGUAAAUAAUCAUCUGGUUUAACACGAGGAGGAAGGGGAGGGAUCUGUCUGCAACUGUUAGAGGCGACGCUACAGAUCGAAUAAAAGACGAGGGCACGGCCGCUGGUGUGACGGCACGGAGUCGAGGUUGUCAACGGUUACGGGCUCCACGUUGAGAGAUGGAACACAAUCUGCUUCCACAGAAGAAAAACAUUCAGCAGAUUAAAUAAAAAACGGUGCGAUGACGAAAGUUUGACCCGCGAGAUGCUGACAUUGAGAAAAAUAAUAUUGUUGGUUAUCAAGACAUAAUAUGACAAAGAUACUGUUUCGCCCUGAGUGGAUAAAAGAUAAAUAUAUAAAGGAGAAACCCUAUUUACCCAAAGAGUUUGGUUUCGGGCUCCGGUAGCUGGUUCUAUUCAGGACCCUGUUCCAAAAUCAAGUCGGCGAAAUAUUGAGUUAUUGAGUCAAAUUUGUUGACUUGUAAUUUUUCUGUCUCCUCUCAGAACAUGACGUCUAAAAGAGACCAGUGAAGGAAUUGGAUCAACUAGUAAACCGUUGAUCAACUUCACGACGGAGACGCGUUGCGUCUAAAAGUUGCAGAGCGUGAGCAAUGCAGGGUGGUGAGGGGGAGCAGGGCCGUAGCUGCGACAUCUAAGGAUGGAGGCCCAGAUGUUUUGGAUCAUCUGGUGGUUAAACGACACGAAGAGGAGUUCGAUGAGAGCUGCAGCGAAAUUGAUUGAUAUGGAAACAAUUUUUUUUUCAAUUUUGGUUUAUGAAAUAUCAGAUAUAAUUUAUUUUUUUAAAACCUGACGACUCCAUCUCCGACUGUCCUGAUUUAUCUGACAGUUCAGUCUACAAUCACUGACGAAGAUUUAACUUUUUUUUGUUUUGUUUUGCUCUUACAAAAAAUGCACAUUAAAAACUGUCGCUAAUUCAUUUCUCGUCAGUCGACUGUUUGCACAUGUCGGUUUGUUUAGACUUUUUUCAGAUUUUCUGACAUUUUUUGGGACCAAACAUCUUAAAAUUAGGCGUAAUGUUUUUUUUUGUAAUAAAAUAAACAUACCUGAUGCUAUAAUUUAUUAUAUAUGAGUAAAUAAAAAACUCACAGGCUCAUCAAAUUUCCGGCUCGUGACCUCAGAAGAUUCUGGCUGCGGCCCUGCUCGGGGGGCUGCCUUGGCCCGGACCCAGCUGCAUGCUGGGAAAUGCAGUCCCCGGUCCCUGGUCGGCUGGUCCCCCUUUAGUUUUUUUCAGAGAAUUCUUUUCUGUGUAUUUUGUAUUUUUAAGUCUUUAUUUUUGUCGAUGAGACAGAAAAUUUGCCUUCUGCUCAGUUACGAGAGCUUCUGAUAAUCAUUUGAUUGAUUGAUUGAUUGAUUGAUUGAACCCUCGCAGGUGUGUGUGUGUGUGUGUGUAUAUUCAUGCUUCAAUUCCUGGGGGAGACCUAAAUCUAUAUAUAUAUAUAAAAUGUAUGUAAACAUAUCCUGAUUGUAUUUUUGUUGAUUUAUUGAUCCGACGACGUGAUCAGGUCGUUAUUUUGUUUUUGUAGAAAAGCUUUAAAGGAGGGAACCCCGGAGAACUCUUCUGACGAGGAUCUGGAAGCUGAUUGGAUGCGUGACACAACGGACGACGCCGAACCGACAGAAUGUAGAGACGUUUUGUUCUUCAUCUUUUCACGUUCACUGUGGGAUCAAUAAUAAUAAUAAUAAUAAUAAUAAUAAUGACUGAUUCAUGGA